UUCUACGCGCGUGACUAAGGACAACAACGGUUCCUGAAGACCAGUUUGGAAUGUUUUAAGUGAGUUUGACUGAAGAAAGUGACUUUUUCUUUUCCUCACUCCCCUUUACCUCGUGUCAGUUUGGACUCUACCGACUUUCGGCAAUAAGGUGGGUUUACCCUUAGUUUGAAAUAACACUCAAGACUAGGACCGAAAGUUAUUUUAUUAGUAGUAGCUCACCUAGCCGCAGCUGGAAUCAGUUUUCUUUUCACCAAAGCUGAAACCAUGUAUGGAAACUUUGGGGGUCAAGGAAGAGGCAACCCAACCUUUACAGGCAGUCUCCCUGGGUCAAGUUCGGCAUCCCAGGGAAGCACCAGCACUUCGAGCACACAACAGGAGCAGAAAUUGACAAUGGCAAGCAGCGGUCAGUUUGUCCCCAGCCUCAAUGCCAUCACAACCAACCAGGACCUUCAGUGGCUGCUCCAGCCAUCCCUCAUGCAUCCUCCGGGCCCUUCACAAUCACCUGUACCUCCUUAUCCAACGCUCCUCGCCUCACGACCACUGGGUCCACAACCUUCCCACUCUCAUCUCCUCAGACCGGGGGUCAUAAGAGCGGGUGCAAAUACUACAUCCUCAACAAGACGCAGGAUUGAUGUACAAUUAUCACAGGAAGAGCUGGAAAGACGCAGAAUAAGGAGGGAAAGGAAUAAAGUGGCAGCAGCAAAGUGUCGCAAUCGGCGUCGGGAGCUGACAGACUCAUUGCAAAAUGAAACUGACCAGCUGGAGGAUGAAAAGUCACGUUUACAGAAGGAAAUAGCCAACUUACAAAGGGAGAAAGACAAGCUCGAGCUGGUCCUGGAAGCUCAUCGCCCCAUUUGUAAAAUAGAGUCCUCUGAUUCAGAUUCUGACACGAGUCCAUCUAUUUCCUCUGUGGGAGUCAUCAAACUGGAGCCGGAGGAGUCUGCUACGCCUGGACCCUCCACCAAACUGCCAGUAAAAGUGAUGAAGCCCAAACCGAAGAUAAUGAUCCCCACAAAGCCCGCGACGUCGGCUGUCCCUGCGGUCGCCUCAGAAUCUGAGUCGCUCCACACGCCGGUCCUCACCUCCACUCCCUCCCUCCUGUCCUUCUCGGCCGGUAUGGUUUUCACUUAUCCAUCUGCCUCUUCAGACACCGGUGCCUCCACCGCAUCCCACGCCGCUUCGUCCCAUCCGGGAGGCGUCCAGCGGUCUGAGCCCUGUGCCGUCGCUCACCGCCGCAGCAGCAGCAGCGGCGACCAAUCAGAUCACUCGCUGCACUCGCCAACCAUCCUCACACUGUGAUCCACACACACCUUGAAAACACUAGAGUAAAUUUUAAGCGCCACCACAAUGUCUGUGACAAAAAGGAGGCCGGGCAAAUGCUUCGGAAGAGGAAGUGAGAAUUUCAAGCUGGUCAGCUGCUUCAUUUUGUCAUUUUUAGUUCAAAAGAAAUUUUGUGGCAUUAACAGGAUAUAAAUGUUACACUCGUUAGGUUGAAAGUCUCUACAUUUUUUAUGUUAAAAGCUAUAUGAUGGAAUGAAUGUGAUAGAUUUUUUUAUUUUUAAAUACAGAUAUAUACUCUAAAUAAAUAUUAGUUUUCUAGAAAAAAAAACUGUGGUAGCUCCUUUUAAUGAUACGUUUUUAAUGAUACUUUUUUAACAUCUUGUUAAAGUAUGUGAUGUCAUAAACACUUUAUAUGAGUCCUCAAAAACAAGUAGUUUACCUACUAAUAAUUAUCCUUAUUGUUUGCAUGAUAUGUACACAAGACAUUAUUGACCACUAAGGCUGGGCCGUAGGAGUUGAUAUGAACUUUAUUAUAAUAUAUCUUAUUGAAGAGUGUAAUAUAUUUUUGGAAACGUUUGGAUUUUUUCAUUUAUUGGGCAGUGCCUUACUUCUAUUUUUUGUCUAAACUGUUGGACUUCACAGACAAUAAAGAACAAAUGUGUGCGUGGAAUCAGUGACGGUGUGAAGUUUCAGUGGUAAAUAAACAGCAUGUGGAUCUAAUAAAAACUCAUUAGAUCCACCAUUCAUUUCCCGUUUGAGAAAAAUUAGGGGAGAGUCAAGAUUAGAAUGGACACAGCAGAGCUGAGAGGCGUGAUCACUUCUGGAUCCAGCUUCUUCUGAGGUUCUGUCUAAUGUUCUGUGUCAUCUGGUCUGAAUAAA